AACCGUUUGCCCUUGAUUGGACCUUGUUUUACGUACAACUCUCCGCGGAUUCAGCGCUCGACACGACACUCAGUUUUCAAAAGCCGACGUGUGAACACGCGCCUCAACCUUCUCGGGAACCUUAAGGCCUCAACGUUCGUCGUUCGUUCGUGAAUCAAGUCGUUUGCUACAAAGCAACUACAUACCCAGUGCAACAUGUCGAAGAUCGGAAUCAACGGAUUUGGCCGCAUCGGUCGUCUGGUGCUGCGCGCCUCUAUUGCCAAGGGUGCAUCGGUUGUCGCGAUCAACGAUCCCUUCAUCGGUGUUGAUUACAUGGUGUACCUGUUCAAGUACGAUUCGACGCACGGUCGCUUCAAGGGUGAAGUGUCCGCCCAGGACGGUAUGCUGAUCGUCAACGGUCAGAAGAUUGCCGUCUUCCAGGAGCGUGACCCGAAGGCCAUCCCGUGGGGUAAGGCCGGUGCCGAAUACGUCGUCGAGUCGACCGGUGUGUUCACCACGACCGACAAGGCUUCGGCCCAUCUGGAGGGUGGCGCCAAGAAGGUCAUCAUCUCGGCCCCGUCCGCCGAUGCCCCGAUGUUCGUCGUCGGCGUCAAUCUGGAUGCGUACGAACCAUCGAUGAAGGUGGUCUCGAAUGCGUCCUGCACGACCAACUGUUUGGCCCCGUUGGCUAAGGUCAUCAACGAUAACUUCGGCAUCUUGGAGGGUCUGAUGACGACCGUGCAUGCCACCACUGCCACCCAGAAGACCGUCGACGGCCCGUCCGGUAAGCUGUGGCGUGAUGGCCGUGGUGCCGCCCAGAACAUCAUUCCGGCAGCUACCGGUGCUGCUAAGGCCGUCGGCAAGGUCAUCCCGGCACUGAACGGCAAGCUGACCGGUAUGGCAUUCCGCGUGCCGACCCCGAACGUUUCCGUCGUCGAUCUGACGGUGCGUCUGUCCAAGCCGGCCACCUACGACCAGAUUAAGCAGAAGGUGAAGGAAGCCGCCAACGGACCGAUGAAGGGCAUCCUGGACUACACCGAGGAGGAGGUCGUAUCGACUGACUUCGUUGGUGACUGCCACUCGUCCAUCUUUGAUGCCAAGGCUGGCAUCCAGCUGAGCGACACGUUCGUCAAGCUGAUCUCCUGGUACGACAACGAGUACGGCUACUCGAACCGCGUCGUCGAUCUGAUCAAGUACAUGCAGACCAAGGAUUAAAUAUCCAAACCGGUGCUGUAGCGAAGCUUGGGCGGAGAGAAGACAACCACUGCGUGCUGUAAUACAUAACCGCUUGCGUGGAUUAGGAGGGAGUGAAGGGCGCGUGUAUAGAUCGAAACGGAAUAUGGCUCGGUUUACGAUCGAGACGAUAAAGCAACUUUUCUAUUGAAUUUCGAAUUUACCAUCUCUCGCUCGCAUGCUCACGCUCGUAAGUUAUCCUUUUGCCAUCGUUCGUAGAUAGCGGAAAGGAUCGCCAAUAUCCAGCCGAGCCUGUGGGAUCACGAGAGUACGGAAUUCGAACGUUGUUUCCGGAAUGCUGAUUCGUUUCAUUGUGCCGUUUCAGUGUUUCCUGUCGAGAGUUAUUAGUCAAAACAUCAAAUCGUACAGAGCGUCGCUACACUUCCUCUUUUGCCCAUAUUCUGGUUCAUCCUAAUCCGCACACUGAUCGCUUCACCCUGGUUUUCUUCUUUCACUGGUUGGAAGUGAAACCGUACGGUGGAGUGCAACAGCGUUCCGGUGCAGAAUGGAUCGACUAUCGGCAAAAGCCAGACACAAAACAAACUCUGUCUCCGCUGGCGUAAAUUAUUAUAGUUCGUAGGUUGUGAACGUCGUAAAAAUGUAAACGAUAUAAGAUCGCCUCAUCGUUAUACAUAUUUGUUGCAUGUAAUAAUGGACAAAAUUGAACACACUACACCUAAAACACUAUACACACCACUCACUACAAGUACACACUACAAACGGACACAUACACACAUGCGCAGAAAUCCCAAUAUUCUGUUUAGUUGGUAAGGAUUAAUGAUAUAAAAGAAAAACAAUAAAUUUAACUGCUAAAAGCGUUACUAGAACCACAAA